CUUUGUUUUGGAAUGUUACAGAAUCUGCAUACAUAAAUGUAAGAGAAGCAAAAUGUCAGAUGAUAUCAGGAAAAGGUUUGACUUUCCAAAUCCUCUUAUCCAAUCACAGGCGGUGGGUCAUCUUAUUGCUGCAGUCCUAAAAGAAAAUAGCUUUUCAGGAAAGAUCCACCAGUCCACAAACCAGACUCCUGCAUUGAACCUGCUGUGGGAGAAGUGUUGUAGUGACAGCGUGGUGGUUCGAACAGCCUGCUGUGAGAGUCUGGUGGCACUUGUUGCGCAGGAGCACGCAGAAUUCGAUUAUAUUCUCAAUGGGAUACUGAACCUCAUCCCAUCUGCCAGGAAUACACAUGGAUUGAUAAAAGCUAUUAUGAAAUUAUUACAAAUGCAAGCUCUUAAGGAAGGACAAGGUGGGGAGAAAAAUAUUCAGGACAUAUAUACUAUUAGAAAUCAUCCUCACCCUUUGAUCACUGUGCUAGAACACAGACCUGAUUGCUGGCCAGUACUUCUGCAACAGCUAACAGCUUUUCUCCAGCAAUGCCCUGAAAGGUCAGAAGUUUCAUGUAUUCAAAUAAUAACACCAUUUUUAUGGUACCUCUAUUGUGAGCCUUCCCAGUUACAAGAAAAUGCUAAACUUCGUCUAGCACUCUUGAAAGUCUUACUUCAACCCCGGGCUAUUUAUGACAAAGGACAACCAACUGUAUUGGAACAGCAGAUACUACAACUGUGUUGUGACAUGAUUCCAUGCUUGCAGUUAAAAGAUUUGAUACAGACAACAGAAGUGAUGUUAUUUAUUGAAGAAGUAUAUUUAACCCUUCUGCGUCAUCCUAUUUUCUGGAAAGUCCAGCUGAUCCAGCUAACCCUUCAGGUCCUGUGUGUUUGUGAAGUCAGCUUAAAGAUAACUGGGGAAUGCUCAUCUUUAAUUUGUCUUUUAGAACACAGCAUUGAAUCGUUGAAUGAGGAUCUUCCUGUUGAACUGGUCCUAAUUGGGAUAGCUUUACUGCUUCUACAGUCUUCGGCAAGUCAGCAGAAACCGAUCUUAAGUCUAGCUUUGAAGCUUCUCUCUUUUACUGAGGGUAAGAAAAUUCCAAAGUCCUCCCUGCUCCUCGUGAUGCCAGUUCUGCAGAUAUUAUCUUCUACAGCCUUAGAAGAGUGCAUAUCUAUGGAUGCAGAUGGUCCUUCUAGGCAGCAGUUGGCACUAGACCUUUUGGAACUGGUACAGCAGGAAUCCUAUGGGGAUGACCAACAAAAGCUGUCUCACAAAUUUCUGUUUCCCAUAACUGGCAUGUAUGGAUCAAUAUUUACAGCCUGGAGGAUCCUUGAAAUAAUGAGAGAAGAGUCAGCAGCAAGGGACUGGUUGUCUUCAAUCAAAUCCUUGCUCUCUAUUAUGACAGAAGUCCCUAUGCAUGUUUUUCUUCUGCUGGCAUACCUCCUUGUUGAAGAUAAAGGAAAGAAUCUUCAUCAAAUACUAAAGGUUACUACAGAAUUGGCCCAAGCAGAUUCUUCUCAGGUUCCAAAUUUGAUUCCAGUUUUGAUGUUCAAAUUGGGAAGACCCCUGGAACCUUUAUUAUAUAAUGAUAUCUUGUAUACUUUACCUUCUCUUGGUGUUCACAAGGUAUGUGUAGGGCAAAUUCUACGAAUAAUUCAACUUCUUGGCACUACUCCACAGCUAAGAGCAGUCACUUUGCGCUUAUUAACAUCUUUGUGGGAAAAGCAGGAUCGUGUCUAUCCUGAACUGCAGCGUUUCAUGGCCAUGUCUGAUGUGCCCUCUCUGACUGUGAGCAAGGAAGUACAGUGGGAGAAACUGAUUGCCAAAGCAGCAUCCAUCAGAGAUAUAUGUAAGCAAAGGCCUUAUCAGCAUGGGGCAGAUAUGCUGGCAGCAAUUUCUCAGGUGCUGAACGAAUGUACCAAACCUGAUCAAGCUACUCCAGCAGCCUUGGUGUUACAAGGUCUUCAUGCUCUCUGCCAAGCUGAGGUUGUUUGCAUUCGCUCUACUUGGAAUGCUCUCUCCCCAAAACUGAGUUGUGAUACAAGACCCCUCAUUUUGAAGACUCUCAGUGAAUUGUUUUCUCUGGUUCCUUCUUUAACAGUCAAUACUGCUGAAUAUGAGAAUUUUAAAGUUCAAGUUCUCAGCUUCCUUUGGAUUCAUACUCAAAACAAGGAUCCAGUUGUAGCCAAUGCUGCAUAUAAAGCUCUCUCCUACUUUAGUGCUGGUGAACACACAAUUCUUCAUCUGCCUGAAAAGAUAAGGCCAGAAAUUCCUGAUGAUCUAGAAGAAGAGGAAGAUGAGGAGAGUGAUGAAAAGGAGGUGGAUCUGACAGUUCCUGGCUCUUGCUAUCUCAAACUGCUGUCACUUACUGCUCCUUCAGUUUUACCAGCUUUGGAGGAGUUUUUUACCUCACUUGUGAAGCAAGAAAUGGUGAAUAUGCCCCGUGGGGUAUAUCACUCUGCGUUAAGAGGAGGUGCCCGUUCAGAUCAAGGGAAGACUGUAGCAGGAAUCCCCAAUUUUAUAUUGAAAAUGUAUGAAAAAAAUAAGCAGCCAGGAUUGAAACCAGGUCUUGCAGGUGGCAUGCUAUUUUGUUAUGAUAUUUCAAUGUAUCAGAGUAAAGAUGGCAAACCAUUAAAUCGACUGAUGGCCAGUAGAGGACGAAGUUUCAAGCAGACCUCUCUUGCUUUAGUGCAUGAGGUUCACAUCCAGCUUCUGGAGUGGCACCGUGCAGUCUUUAUCCCACAGGCCUGGCUCGCCUAUAUGACUCGAGCUUAUCAUGCCAUUUUGCAGGGAAGAAUAGGAGAACUGGAAUUGCAGUUAAAACAUGAAAAGAAGAUCUGAGAGAUACAGUACAAAAAAAGCACAGCCUGGCUCUGGGUCCGGGACAUGUUAACUGAUGAGAUCACAAAGGCAGCUGCAAAGGAGAGUCCAGUGGUCAAAGGCAAUGCUUUGUUAGCCUUAAGCAGCCUUGCUGUGGUUGUCUCCAAACACGAAGCCAGCCUCUCAGACUCUGAGGGGGUCCUGGAGGUGAGUAAAGGGUGCAACCCUAAUUUCCUUUCAAUGAAAGAGUGGGUUUUUAUGGUGUUUGAUACUCUCCUGGUCAUUGUGGAUAGCCAUUACCAACCCCGAGGACAACUUUUCUCCUGGUUUUAUUAUAAAUCCUAUUCUGGUGAAAACACUGCAAGUGCCAUUGCCCGUUCUGCUGCCGCCACGUCUUUGUCUCUCCUUGUGCCCGUUUUCAUUAUCUCUUGCAAAGAGAAGGUUGAGGAAAUUCUGAACAUGCUGACUGCCAGGUUACCUGGGAAACCAAGUGCUGAUGAAUCUCAGGCUGUGCAAAUCCACAUGGGCCUGGCUUUGGGGAUGUUUCUCUCUCGCUUGUGUGAGGAGAAACUCAGUGAUAUGUCUGGUCAACAAAUGAAUCUUCUUCUAAUGAAGUCUUUGGACGCCCUGGAAAAUUGCUGCUUCGACACUAAUCUUGAAUAUAACACCGGCUGUAUUUUGGGCGUUGGACUUGUUCUGUCCCUCAUGAGCCACAGCAGCCAAACGGAGUCUCGAGUUCAUGUGGCUGCCUCCCUGCGGAGGCUCUCUGAAUACCUGGAUGAAAGUGGGAGCCAAAGCAGAACCUUCCAGGAGGUCCUCGCCUAUACCCUUAGCUGUGUAUGUACAUCAGCAUUCAGUGCUGGAAUUAUUGAAGCAACGGAGGCAGAAGAUAUCAUGAACAAACUUCGACUAUUGGUAGAGAACAACCAGCAGACUUCAGGUUUUGCCCUGGCAUUAGGAAACAUAGUCCAUGGUUUGUCUGUGUGUGGACAUGGAAAAGCUGAAGACUUGGGCACCAAACUGCUUCCUGCCUGGAUCAAAAUUGCUCUAGCAGAGAACACUCCUACAAUGCUUUGUUUGGCAGCUCUUCAUGGCAUGGUGGCCUUGGUUGGCUCUGAAGCAGAUGUAAUGCAGCUAAAGUCAGAAGCCAUACAGACCUCUCAUUUUCAAAACAGACUUAACGAAGUCAUUAGAACCUUGACUCAGGUCAUCAGUGUUUCUGGGGUGAUUGGUCUUCAGUCAAAUGCAAUAUGGCUUCUAGGACAUCUUCAUCUAUCUACUCUGUCAUCAAAUCAGAGUAGAACCUCAGUUCCUACUGACUACAGCUAUUUGCCUGAAAGCAGUUUAAUUAGAGCAGCCAUUGGCUUCUUCAUUGCGGGUGGAAAAAAAGGUCCUGAAUCUGUGCCUCCUUCUCUUCUCAAAGUAGUGAUGAAACCCAUAGCAACUGUUGGAGAAAAUUACCAGUACCCACCUGUGAACUGGGCCUCACUCCUGUCCCCACUUAUGAGACUAAACUUUGGUGAAGAGAUACAGCAGCUGUGCCUUGAAGUUAUGGUGACCCAGACUCAAUCAUCCCAAAACGCAGCUGCACUUUUGGGAUUGUGGGUGAUGCCACCAUUGAUCCACAGUCUGGGACUGAAUAUCAAGAAAUAUCUCUUGGUAUCCGCACCUCUGUGGAUAAAACACGUCUCUGAUGAACAGAUUCUGGAUUUUGUUGAAAACUUUAUAGUGGCAGUUUUUAAGACAUCUUCCAAUCCUGAGUUAUGUCCAAGUGCCUUACAGGGUCUUAGCCAGGCCAUGAAACUUCCCAGCCCUUCCUUUCACCUCUGGAGUCUGCUCUGCAAAGCUACUGCGAACAUUUUUGACCUUCUGCCAAAUAAGAUUCGGAGAACUGAUCUAGAGCUGUAUAUCAGUGUAGCAAAAUGCCUCUCAGAAAUGACAGAUGAUGAAGUCAAUCGGGUUACCCAGAUUACAGAGAGCAGCAUAGAAAAGGCUGCCUUUGUCAAGCUGUACUUGGUUUCUCAAGGACGACUCCCCUUGAUGAGCUUGACUGAUAUGUUGUGUGUUGCUGUUCAGCACCAAGGAAAAGACACCCUGGCCUGGAUGAUCCUUCACAGUUUAUAUCAGGCACGAAUUGUGAGCCAUGCCAACACAGGUGUGCUGAAAAGAAUGGAAUGGCUCUUAGAAGUGAUGGGCUACAUCAGAAAUGUGGCUUACCAGGCAACAUCUGUUCAGAACGUGGCUCUGGAUGAGGCUUUGGACUUCUUGUUGCUGAUAUUUGCAACCGCAGUAGUUGCAUGGGCAGACCAUGCUGCCCCUCUUCUCCUUGGCCUCAGUGCCAGUUGGUUGCCAUGGCAUCAAGAGAAUAGCCCAGCUGGUCCAGCAUCAAGCUUUUUUGGCAGGAGUCCAAUACACAGGGUCACUCUGCAGGAGACUCUAACUCUCCUGCCCAGUAGUAUGCCUCUUCUGCUGCAGAAAGAGCCAUGGAAGGAACAAACCCAAAAGUUCAUUGACUGGCUCUUCAGCAUCAUGGAAAGUCCUAAAGAAGCCCUCUCAUCAGAAUCCAGGGACCUUUUAAAAGCCACGCUGCUGUCCUUGAGAACUCUUCCAGAAUUUAAGAAGAAAGCUGUAUGGACCAGAGCAUAUGGCUGGUGAAGAGUCUUGUGAUAGCCAGUAGCAUUCUCAGCUGGAAGAGGAAAACCACAGAAACAGAAGAUGUUUUGCAGAAUUCUGUCUGGGAUUGCUG